UUAUGCAAUACAACCCCUCGCUGCACGUACAUGGUUCAGCACUCCCGGACCACCGCUACGGCAACCCAGCCGAGGCAAUGCCGCCGCCAUGCCUCCACUCGCCAUGCCACCGUACCUCCACCUCCGUUUCCAUCGCCGCCCUCCACCGCUGCGCACGUGACGCGCGCCUGCACCUCUCUGCCGACGCCGCGCGUCCGCUUGCCAUUCCAUCGCCACAUGGCUUGCAGGGCGCUCCUCCUGACUGCGCGUACUUCCCGACCGCGCACCUCCCGGCCGCUACGCGCCUCCCGGCUACGCGCUCCUCCUGGCCGCGCUCCUCCCGACCGCCGCGCGCUCUCCCGACCGUGCUCCUCUUGGCCACCGCGCGCUCCUCCCGGCUGCCGCAUUUCUCUCUCGGCCGGCGCUCCUUCCUUUGCCCACGCCGGCUGCCCAGCCUUCAUCCGCGCGCGACCGCCACCCACCGAGAAUCCGCUGGCAGCCGGGGUGCACCUGGAGGAUGACCUCGUCGGCGACUCGCGUGAGGAAGAUGUCCGCAGCAAACUGCCGCUAAUCGACAGCUCCAUGGUCGCAAGCUGCCGCUGCCGCCGCCUGGUCGCGCUGCGCCGGGACGCGCUGUGGACGACGGAUCUGGGGCGGGGAGGCCGGAUCCAUCCACGGCAGGGCCGGAUCCGGGCCGCCACCUGGCACCUUGCGUCGUCCCGCCCCGGCGUCGUCCUCGAGGGUCGCUGGCCUGCCCCGCCACCACCGUCCUCGGGAGCUGUCCGAGCUUCCGGCGACUCCUCCAGCGGCAGCGAGGUGGGCACGAGGGGCGGUGGGGGAGGUCUGACGACGGCGAGAGGCGCCGCCCGUGUCGCCCGCGGGGAGGGCGAUGCGGGGCCGAGCAGGAUGUACAAAUACAAUUUCCUUUCUACUGAAGCUAGUUUGCAAUAUCUGGCAAAUUUUGGGUCCUGUCUUUCCAUAUGUAGCAUACAAUCAAAUAUGGAAGGUCUUCCAACAUACUAAGAGCUGCUGAAGGUGAUAAGUGAAUAUUCUGAAUAUGUUCCUUCUGGCUGCGAUGAUGUUUCUACCUCUACCAUCCAAGAACUAUUACCGAAUUUGGACCUUUAUAUCUGUCCUAAACAAAAGGUCAUCUGUCUGAAGAGGUUUGGUGAUUUAUGUAUGUCCUGCUUCAUUUUGCUUCUACCUUUCAGUUUCCAUUUUAAGAGGAGUGGUAGCCUAGCCCUGUCAGCUGUGUGCAUCUAUGUAACUAGCUCUUUGGCUAUUCUGUAUGAGGUUGUGUAUUGAUCGCUCUUUAAGGUAAAUCCCUUCUAUAUUUUGCAGCUGCAAACUUACAAGUAAAUUUUCAAGGUAGAUUGUUUCGCUAGAGUUUCAAAUCAAUGAAUUCAAGUCACCGACAGUAAGGGUAUCGCAUUAACUUUAUGCCUUACGCUCAUGUCAGUAUGUGCUGUGUGACUAGAGCCAAUAUCUGCGUGAACCUUUGCUGCAAUUUUGUCUACAUCGAUGUUAAGAAACAUAUUGUGAGGCGCCCUAAACGCAGCUGGCUAAGUGCCCAGCGUCAUUGUCACACAUGAUCUAUUCUCAUGAGUCAUAAACACUGAAAUUCAUACAACAUCAUGAAAAAUGGCACACGAAGCAGUUAACCGUUCGAUGAAUGCAGCAUCCACUUCCGCACCGAACCGGUCGCCGGAGGGGACGGGGAAUGGAAGAAAUCGGCGGUGGAAGCGACUCGCUCCCCUUUCGCCCUUUCUCAACUGCAGUAGCGGAAGUUCGGCACUGCACGGCGGCGCCCCUCCCUUGUCAAAAUCCAAAUGUCAGCGGCUUCGGCUUCGGCUUCGGCUUCGCACUUCGCGGACACGAUCCAUGGCGGCGGUGCCUAAAUAAAACCUCUUAGGCCCAUCUGCCUAAAUAAAUCCCAUCACGGGCCAGAGGCCCAAGUCACCGAUCUCCCUCCGUCCCAUUUAGGCUGAUGGGCUAAAAACGUCUCAUUCUGGGCCCGUGAUAGGACUUAUUUAGGCUGAUGGGCCGAAAUAAGCCCCAUCAGUUCCGUCCCCAAGUCUCGCGUUCAGUUCCGUUCCGUCCCACUCCCUACCAUCACCAGUUCACCACCACCACGAUGACCGCGACCGCGAGCUUCGUCGGCUUCGGAGGCCGAGGGCUGCAGGUGCUCGCGAUCGCCUGGUGUUCGCGGCGGCACAUGCUCCCGCGACCUGAGUUCCUCCCGCUCGGUUUCGUGGGCCGCGCGCUGGAGCACGCCCGCGAGGCCGGCGCCGCUAUCACGACGACGGGGCUUCGAGCAGAUCUCGCUUGCGUCGCCGGCCCGCGGCUCCCCACCUGAUCUCCGCCUUACAUGUCGCCGGGGCGGCCGAUGGACCCACGCUGCUCUUCCACUACGGGGCUUCGCCUUCGCUGCCAGCCUUCCACGGGCGGCACACCUCAGUACCUCACGACGGCCAACCCACGCUCCGUCCUCUUCUGGCAGCUGAUUACGUAUCAGCCCUAAGCAUGUCAGGCUAAAACAGCGCCACUUGAUCUUCUGUUCUCUUUCUCCACACAAGUAUUCUUACUAGAACCUGAGGGCUGAGGCUGAUCUAGAUGGAUCACAAUUGCAGAACAGAGGCAGGAUAAUCAAGACAGCUUAACCGUGGAAGCAACAGGCCCUGGGCCAUUAAUAAUGGACAGUGCCAUCGUGGAAACUUUUGUGUCUUCAUCGCCACCGUGCAAUUGCAAAUGCAAUGGAUCAACAAGAAAAGGAAUUCCCUAUGACCGGUCAUUUAAGUUUCAGAAUGGAAACAUUCGUUUCUGCAAUUCUUGGCGAUCUCCUCAGUCGAUCAAUAUCUUUCGUCAUCGACAGAUGCUACAGGCAGCAGAAGGGUGUGGAGGUCUACCUGCUGCAGCUGCGCCAUGUCCUGCUGCGCAUCAAGGCCACCGUGGAAGAGGCUGAGGGACGGCACAUCACAAACCAAGCGAUGCUCUGGCAGCUCCAGGUACUGAGAGAAACGAUGUAUAAAGGCUGCUACCUGCUUGAUACCUUCACAUACCGGAUACUGCAGGAACAGGGGGAGAUUGAUCAGUGUGGUAGUCAAUCCUUUGCCUUAUCCAAAUUCAGUUCAGCCAAGCGCUUCUGCUUCUCUAACAGGAGGAUAGGCGCGAUAUUUCAAGGUCAUGGGGUGGAGGACGUUCAGAAGAUGCUAGGAAACAUGCAUAGCAUCAUCGACGAUAUGGCAGAGUUCAUUAUAUUCUUGAAAUCCUAUCCUCCCAUCAUUCGCGAGCCCUAUAGCAAGUACUUGUUUAUGGAGAAGUGCAUGUUUGGCCGCCAGGCAGAGAUGGAGAAGAUCAUCAGAUUCUUGUUGCAGCCAGAGCCUCCAGGCGCAAAUAGUUUGCAAGUACUUCCGAUAAUUGGUCCACCGAGAGUUGGCAAAAGCACCCUUGUUGAGCAUGUCUGUUACGAUGAGAGGGUGCACAAUCACUUUUCCUCAAUAAUUCUGUGCAGCGGAGACCCUAGUGCUCCAGAAGGCAGUGAUGUCGUCAAGAAGCAAAGUCAUGGCUCACAUGGAAGAUCACUUAUUGUCAUGGAGCUUGCUGAGGAUUUGGUUCUAGGCGACAGGCAAUGGAGAAAGCUGUACUCUUCAAGCCACAUGCCACUUGGAAGUAAGGUCAUUAUCACAAGCAGAACAGAGGAUAUCGCGAAACUCGGUACAACGGGAGCUAUUAGACUGAAAUAUCUGACUCAAGAAGCUUACUGGUAUUUUUUCAAGGUAAUGGCCUUUGGAAGCACAGAUCCCGAGGUGGACCCGGAGCUAGCAUCAAUAGCAAUGGAAAUUGCAGCAGAGCUUGAUGGAUCUUUCUUGGGCGGAAAUGUCAUCAGUGGCAUUCUAAGAGCUAAUCAACAUGCGCAAUUCUGGCGCAAGAUCCUUAAGUUGCAGAGAGAUUAUGUACAGUGGCAUCUCCUCCUCUUUGGUGAACAUCCACACACUCUUCUUCAGAAAAAACAGACUGCGUAUGUUUGGAGUCUGUCCAACAAUUCCUUGAGGUUCAAAGUUCUUUGUUUUAAAACACAUUCUCCUCUGAUUGAUGUUCCAAAGACAACGUUGUAUGAGUUCCAAGCAAGAAAUCCAGAAGUUCAUAGGGAGCUGGAAGUCCUGGUGUGGAAAUCUCGCAUACCCCCGUACCACAGCUACACUAUGAGGUGUGAGUUGGAGGCAUCACAAGACACGAUGGCUAAGAAGAAGCGACCUCACUCAACGGUGUGAUUCAGCUCACCUGCAAAUAAGAAUACAACCUCACUGUUCAAUUCAUCGGUGGCUUUCAUUGUUGGGAUCAAAAGCCAAAUAUGAACGUUAGUCUUUUUUGAAGUAGUCUUUUUUCCGUAACUUCCUAUCAAAUAGCAUGCACACUGUUAUUCCUACUUAUGCAGAUCAAUAUACGUGUAAUCUUGCAUUUUGCUGGCUGUAGUCUGUACGCAGCAUUUUAUAACAUACAGUAGGUCACAAGACGCUCAUAAAAAAAAAUAUAUUCAGCGGUCA